UGUGUGCGUGUGUGUGUGCGCUGUGUUUAUUCUCAUGCUGUGAUCCAGUGAUUGUAGUAAUGCGCUUUAGAUGGAGGAACAGAAUCAGCUUGCUCAUGAUCUCCCUGAAACACUCAGCAGCCCUGAGGAUGGAGAUAAACUGAUCUCGGUGCUGAAGCCUGUUUCCCAACCCCAGCUUUACAGAUCGCCUGGCUGUGAGACAUGGAGCGUGUGUUUCUCUCCAGAUGGUACACACUUCGCCUGGUCCGCGGGUUACGGACUGGUGAGGUUGUUGCCGUGGCCUCUGCCUUCCAAGCUUCAUGAUGCAGAUUCUAAGACUGAAGAGAAAAUCCUGGACUGUGGAGACACUGUAUGGGGCAUGGCGUUUGGGCCACGUGUCUCAAUCCAGGCAAAAUAUUCCCAACAGCCUGUAGAAGACCAAAAACUGCUGCUAGCAACAGGCCUGAAUAAUGGGACAAUCAGGGUGUGGGUCGUUUCCACUGGAAAGCUGCUGUUUAAUCUGACUGGCCACGAGUCAGUCGUAAGAGAUUUGGUCUUCACGCCAAAUGGGCGUCUCAGUCUGGUGUCGGCCUCCAGGGACAAAACUUUGAGAGUUUGGGAUUUGGCAAAGAAAGAUCCACUGUCCCACGUGCUCACUGGUCCAAACUACUGGGUGUUCAAAUGUUCGGUUUCUCCAGAUAGCAGUCUGAUUGCUUCAGUCUGUAACCUUGACACAAAUGUUUAUCUCUGGAGCCUUCGAUCCUUCACCUUUGUGAGGAACCUGAAAUAUGAUCACGAGCGCUCCAUGGUGUCGUGUGAUUUCUCUGCGGAAGGAGCUCUGCUUGCGGUUGGGUCCUAUCAUGCUGCGACAGGAUGGUGGCUGGACCUGUGGGAUCCCUACACUGCAGAAUGCCUGAUUAAAGUGGAGGACUGUGAUCUCUGUGCGUGCAGAAAUGACAACCUGCUGACAGCUUUGGCGUUUUCUCCUGUGUCCCCUCAUCUGGCUUUCAAAGACUAUAGGGCGUUACAUAUUUGGGACAUGGAACAAGACAAACUGGUUUUGGUGACGGAUCGUCAGCGGGUCAGUGGAUUGUGUUGCGCGUUUCACCCACGAGGCAGCAUCAUCGCUACAGGGUGUCGAGAUGGAUAUGUGAAGUUUUGGAGAGUUCCUCGCCUGGUUCCUAGCCUGCGACAUUUGUGUCGCACCAUCUUCAGGUACUCCGUGUCUACUUUCCAGGUGCAGGCUUUACCGCUCCCGCAGGAAAUCCUGGCCUUCCUCACAUACAGAAGCAUUCCUAAGAAAAGGAUCCAUUGCUGUAGUAAACAUUACAGCUGAUUAAGAGAAACUUUGGGUUUGUGGCUGCUGCAUGAACCUGCUUUUAUUUCAAAGUUUGAACAAUACGGGGGGGGGAAGAAAAAAAGGACACUUGUUAAACAGUACAAAUUUAUUUAAACAAUUUUACAUCAUAUAUACUGCUGCUCUAACAUGGGUACGUUUUAAUCGAUGGAACAAAGUUGACUUUAUUCUACA